AUGAAGCUGUAUUCGAUAUUAAUCUACCAUAAAGGAAAUGAUGGUACCGUGCGAUCAUUCAAAUCGGCAUUCGAUCUCUCAUCAUUCAGCUUUUUUCAAAGAGGAUCUGUUCAGGAAUUCAUGCAGUUUACGGGUAAACUACUUGUGGAGCGAUCAGGUCUGGGUGCAAGAAGCACCGUGAAGGAGAAUGAGUACUUUUGCCAUUGCUAUGUGCGUAACGAUGGUUUAGCUGCUGUUUCUGUUACUGAUGGAGAGUAUCAGGCACGUGUUGCAAUGAGCAUGAUGACGAGAGUAUUGGACGAUUUCGCCUCCAAAGUACACAGUGCUCAAUGGUCACAGAUUAAGUCUGACAAGGACUGUUUAUAUACGAAUCUCCCAGAAUUAUUAGCAAAAUGGCAAAAUCCACGCGAGGCUGAUCCUAUGACGCGAGUCCAGGAAGAGGUAGAAGAGACCAAAAUCGUUAUGCAUAAUACGAUUCAAUCAGUACUUGAGCGAGGAGAAAAGCUGGACGAUCUUGUGAAGAAAAGUGAGAACCUUUCUGACCAAUCAAAGCUUUUCUACACACAAGCGCGGAAGAUGAACAAAUGUUGCAACUAUUACUGA